UUUUGUUGAAUUAUCUCUACAUUAUCUUAUAAGAAAAAAACAAAGCUUUUGUUAUCACAAUUACUAUCAAUUUGCUUGGCUAUUAUAUGAAACAAUUUUUAAAUAGGGAUAAAAAUGUUUGGAAAGUUGAAUUCUUUCGGGUGGACGAGCAAAUUUGUCUUAAAAAAUAUCAGGUCAAUGAGUGAAAACUCUAACAAACCGAUUCAUAGCCACAACCCAAACAACCUUGAAAAACGGUUUUUAGUAUGGAGUGGAAAAUAUAAAACCCUUGAUGAAGUUCCUGCACAUGUUAGUCAUGAAGUUAUGGAGAGAUGUCGCAACAAAAUUCGAAUACGAGUGGCAAACAUAAUGAUGGCACUUACAGUGUUUGGUUGCUGUAUUAUGGUAUACAGUGGUAAACAAGCAGCAAAAAGUGGCGAUUCUGUAACCAAACAAAAUUUGGACUGGCACAAAAAAUAUAACGAAGAUUCUAAAAAAGCUUAAGCGUUCAUGAUGUAUAUUGUGUAUAAGCAUACAAAGUUAAUUUUGUUUUUCUAUAUUUUGCGUUUAAUUAUUUUCCUUUUAUUCAGUUUCAAUUGUUAGUUAUUAUUAGUUCUUGCAUAGCUACCGCAAACGCCUUCUAGAACGUAUGUAUUGUAAAUCCCGUGCCCCAGCGAAACUCCGAUCUUAAAAUAAUCGAAGACUCUAGUUUGUUCUAUUCAAUAAAUUUCAGAAAGUGUUGAUUAUGGAAUAACUACACUGUAUCUAUUCAAAAAGACUAAUUCAAAGAAUGGAAUAAUUGACAUAUUUGAAAAAUUAAUAGUUUAACGGCCUAUGGAAAGAAAGGUUUUUGAAGCUAAGUACACUAAUUUUUCACCAUCUAAAGUUUAUAGUUUUAAUAUGCAAAAUAAAGAACUAUAUUUAGUACUUUCA